UUCCAGUUCAACAGAGGGGAAUGAUAUAUGGCCUAGAAGCUUUGCAUAUUGAAUACACAGUUAGUUUGGGUGGACUGUGCAACUUUUUCAUAAUGUGUUUCUUAAUAUUAAAUAUUAUUAGACAGUGAUCGUUAAAACGCCUAACACUGUUCAGGUAGGAUGUGCAUUUAAAACUCAAAUGUAUAAUGAAUAUGACAAUUAUCACACCGGUUUUUGUUUGGGCCCCUACCUAAAGCUGUUUGGAGGUGCAUUCUGAAACAAGUUUUCCAAUUUUACCAAGUCGCAGGGGUUAUUGUGAACUGAUUAAUCUCUUAAUAUCUUAUAUUCGGGAUAUGUUUGCUCUAAGCCUUCCACAACCUCACUUCGAAGACCUCAACUUAUCCUGCUCGAACUUCACGUUUUAAAAAUACUUUUAAAUAAUGUCAUGUGAAGUUGUGUCCGUGGUUCCCCCCAUCGGAAGGAGUGAUUUGGUUCCUUCCAGAGUUUUCAGUAGGUAGAGCGUCUCUCAAGCCAUCAGCAUCAUAGCCUAGUGAAGAUGGCGACUGAGAGAAUGAUGCUGUCAACGAGAUGAGUUCGCCUUUUUGUUUAACUCACUAAAGCUUCAAGGCUUCAUGUCGGAUAGCUGUAUCAAAGAAAGGUGUAUCGAUUGUUGCUCCUCCUGACCACUUAAUAAUGGAGACACUUCAUCAUCUCCCAGGGUGUUUCCAUUUAACAGCCUACACUGUACCUCUCUCAUUGUGAGAAAUUAAAUCUCAGGUCUUUGGCUCUUCUGAUGUACUGCCCCCAAUAAGGUGUCUGAACACAUGCUGAGAUUCACACACUUCCACCCAAGACAAAUCAACUAACUGACUGACCGAUUUAUCAAGCUCACCUAAGAUUAGCUGCAGCUUCAAGAGACGCACUGAUCCUGGGCAUUGGUGAAUGUAUCGGCCAUGUUGGGCCUCUGGAGGGGGCACUGUUCAUCAUACUGCCUCAGUGAACACCCUCAGAAUACCCAAUACUGAAGCCAGCAGGGCAAGUGGAGCACCAUAUCUCAAAGACCUCUCUGCACUGAAAAACACGUGCUUAUUUGAACACUUAGAGUAGCAGCUGAUCCUUUGAGAGUAGUGGAGUAGCGUCAAGAGUGUUCAAGAAACCCAAUCCUCUUAUCCCAUGCCCAAGACACCAGCUGAGUGAGAGUGUGCUCUGAGAAGGUGUGGCAGGGGUAAAAGAGCUGACUGACCUCAUUGGAAGACUGAGGCUAAAAGCAGCUUGAGCAUUUUGGCAAGAGACAGUAAUCAGAGCAGAGACGCACGUCAUGGGCUAUGGGGGCCAUGGUAACUUAGAAUAAAUGGCUGCUCCUGACCCAAAGUUUGUGCCAGUGUCUGCUGCUCAACCCUCCUCCUUUUUCCUUCUCUUUUACUCUCUGUCCUCCUGCUCUUGCUACAAACACUGCAACUGUCAUUCUCUUUUUCUUCCCUCUGCCCCCCUUUCUUCCCCAGUCCCACUUUUGCUCUGCGACCAUGGGCCUGUGGAAGUUAGUGCGGGGCGUCAGGCAGCUCGAGCUCCACCGCCUCAUCCUGGCACUCAUCGUCUUUUGCCUGCUUUCUGUGGCUUUCCUGGCCUACUAUGUCAGCAACAGCCCGAAAAUAAAGGAGGCACCCCCUUUACCAUUCAGUGACUGUGGUGGGGUUGUUGCAGCUGCAGCAGGAGGACAACGGGCUCCUCUUUUCCUGCCCCCUUUUACAGGCCAGCAGAGGACAGUCAAAGCAGUGGAUAACUCACGAACAGAAUCUGUAGUGCUAGUCUUUGUGGAGAGCAUCUACUCUCAACUUGGCCAAGAGAUUGUGGCUAUCCUGGAGUCCAGCCGCUUCCGUUAUCACACGGAGAUUGCACCCAGCAAAGGUGACAUGCCUACAUUAAUGGAGCGUGAUGUUGGCCGCUAUGCCUUGGUCAUUUAUGAGAAUAUUCUCAAGUACGUCAACUUGGAUGCCUGGAACCGUGACCUGCUGGAUAAGUACUGUGCCGAAUUUGGUGUAGGCAUUAUUGGUUUUUUCAAAGCCAAUGAGAACUCGCUGCUCAGUGCCCAGCUGAAAGGCUUCCCACUUUUCCUGCAUUCUAACCUAGGCCUGAGAGACUAUCACAUCAACCCUGCUGCCCCAUUACUGUAUAUUACCAAACCCAAUGAGGUGGAGCAGGGCCUUCUCCCUGGCAAUGACUGGACAGUCUUCCAGUCCAACCACAGCACCUAUGAGCCUGUACUCUUAGCUCUGACAAAAUCCUCAGAAGCACUGGCCCACCUGGGCCCCCACCGAGCCCUGCACGCCACUGUAGUUCAGGACCUAGGUCUUCACGAUGGCAUUCAAAGGGUGCUCUUUGGGAAUAAUCUGUCUUUUUGGCUGCAUAAAUUGGUUUUUGUGGAUGCCAUUGCCUAUCUGACAGGAAAAAGACUCUGCUUGUCCUUGGAGAGGCAUCUGCUCGUUGACGUGGAUGAUAUAUUUGUGGGAAAGGAGAGUACGCGAAUGAAGGUGUCAGAUGUGAAGGCUUUGCUCAACACACAGAACAAACUACGGACGUUAGUUCCCAACUUCACCUUCAAUCUUGGCUUCUCUGGGAAGUUCUAUCAUGCAGGUACCGAGGAAGAAGAUGAAGGUGAUGACAUGCUGUUGCAGCACAGGCGUGAGUUCUGGUGGUUUCCACACAUGUGGAGUCACAUGCAGCCUCAUCUCUUCCACAAUGUCAGUGUGUUGGCAGAGCAGAUGAGACUUAACAUGCAGUUUGCACAGGAGCAUGGCAUUCCCACAGACAUGGGGUACGCUGUGGCCCCCCACCAUUCAGGGGUUUAUCCUGUACACAGCCAGCUAUAUGAGGCCUGGAAGAAUGUGUGGCAGAUCACAGUGACCAGCACAGAAGAAUAUCCCCACCUGAGACCGGCACGCCAUCGCAGAGGCUUCAUCCAUCAUGGGAUAAAGGUGUUGCCCAGGCAGACAUGUGGCCUUUUUACUCACACCAUCUUCUAUAAUGAGUACCCUGGAGGCUCGCGAGAACUGGACAAAAGCAUCCGUGGAGGAGAACUCUUCCUCACUGUCCUUCUUAACCCUAUCAGCAUCUUUAUGACACACCUGUCUAACUAUGGAAAUGACAGACUCGGCCUCUACACCUUUGAAUCGCUGGUGAAGUUUGUUCAAUGCUGGACCAACCUAAGGCUACAAACUAUUCCCCCUUUAGAACUGGCUGAGAAGUACUUCCAGAUCUUUCCAGAGGAGAUGGACCCCCUAUGGCAGAACCCCUGUCAUGACAAGAGACAUAAAGACAUCUGGUCCAAGGAGAAGACCUGUGAUAGACUGCCCAAAUUUCUGGUCAUUGGCCCACAGAAAACAGGUACCACAGCAUUGCACUCCUUUCUUACCCUCCACCCCGCCAUCACCAGCAACUUCCCCAGCCCUGUCACAUUUGAGGAGAUCCAGUUCUUUAAUGGACCUAAUUACCACAAUGGCAUUGAUUGGUACAUGGACUUCUUUCCCUUUCCCUCAAACGUCAGCACAGACUUCAUGUUUGAGAAAAGUGCUAACUACUUUGACACAGAGGUGGCUCCAAAGAGGGCUGCAGCCUUACUGCCCAGAGCCAAGAUAAUAGCAGUCCUCAUCAACCCAGCCGACCGAGCCUACUCUUGGUAUCAGCAUCAGCGAGCACACCAGGACCCUGCUGCUAUAAACCACACUUUCCACGAGGUGAUAACAGCAGGUCCCUCUGCAUCUAAAGAGCUGUUGACUCUUCAGAACCGCAGCCUUAAGCCUGGAACUUACGCCACACACCUGGAGAGCUGGCUCCUGCACUACCAGGCCAGACAGCUCCAUAUUGUAGACGGCACCCUGCUCCGAUCAAAUCCAGUUCUGGUGAUGGACGGCAUCCAGCGGUUCCUGGGGGUCACACCCAUCUUUAACUACACCCAAGCCCUAGUCUUUGAUGAUGGUAAGGGAUUCUGGUGUCAGAGGUUGGAAGGUGGGCGUCCUAAGUGUCUGGGCAAAAGUAAAGGAAGGAAAUAUCCAGAAAUGGCCCCUGAGACACGUGCCUUCCUGACGGAGUACUACCGGGAGCAUAACCUUGAACUGUUGCGGCUGCUAAAUCGGCAAGGCCUGGCGUUACCCUCCUGGCUCCGAGAAGAGCUCCAGAGCAGCAGCUGGAGUUGAGAAGACUUUGUCCAUCUCCAGUAUAAGAACCCCUAAAAACAGUGUCCACUCAAUGCAGAGGAACCGAGGGCGAGACUCUCAAUUCAACACUCCUAUGCCACUCUGUUCAAAUCUCUUGUAGCAGUGAUGGGAUGGAGUGCGGUUAUGACUGUGACUUUGAGUGGACUGCAAACACGAGCCUUUCCCUGCAGCCAAGGUGCUUGUACGUUCUCUCUGAGAUGUUGAAGGCAUUGGGAAAUGUGCUUCCUUGCCUUCAUAAUCUUCUCUUAAUGGAAGGUCUGCAUAUCAGGUCCGGAACGCACUACUGGUCUGGACAAGCAUGAAUUAACUGGUGAAUUUAAGUGUGUUAAUACACGGUAAUUCUCAAAACACACACGGUUUAGCCUUGCUCAUCUCGUCAGAAGAAUGAUUGUAAAAUAUUGUACAUUUAAAAGCAUUGUAUAUUUUGGGUCUGGGUGGGUGGGAUUGUGACUGAAUAGACCUCGGUUCAUCCUGACAGCGUUUGUGUACAGACUGAGCUCUGUUUGAGCAGGAUCCCAAAUCUUAAGCCCCUCUCUUCUCCACAUGCGCAAACGCACAAAGUUGGAUCAGAAACCAAAUGGUAAGAAAGUAUAUGCAAUUGAGGGAAUAUAGAGUUGUGUACAUGUCUGUUUCCCCACUGUAUUUCAGACAAAAGUUUUUAAUCAAGUGUCUUAUCUGGUUGUAAUCCCUCUAUUUAUCCUCACCAUGCACUUUCCUCUACGCUACACACAGAUGCAUGUAAGUUGUUGUGGUAGAUGUGUUGUAUGUCAGGAGCUGUAAAUGAGGGAGAGGAGAAGGGCUGUGUUUUGAUUUGUGGUCUGUCCUACAUAAGAAGCUGCAGUAUUUUUUUUUACAAAAAGUAUUUGAUAAACUCCCAACACUGUAUUAUCUCUAAUAAACUUAGAGAGGUUGGAAAUAUUUGUGUGAUUCAUUAUGUGUGAUUUUAUCUGAUUCUGAGCCUUGACUUACAAAUAUUAAAUAGUUGUUUUAUUUCACUUACGUUUAAAGGAAGGAGUAUAAUUUGGUAGUAAAAGCAAUAGUUCAUCAAAAAAAAUUUUAUCUCUAAUUUACUCACACUCAUGCCAUCCCAGAUGUGUAUGACUUUCUUCUGCAGAACAUAAAUGAAGAUAUUUAGAAGAAUAUCUCAGAUCUGUAGGUCCACACAAUGCAAGUGAAUGGUAAACAGAACUUUGAAGCCCCCAAAAGCACAUAAAGGCAGCUUAAAAGAAAUCCAUAUGACUCCUGUGGUUAUAUCCAUCUAAUAGCGAUCUAAUAGAUUUUGGAUUAGAACAGACCAAAAUUUAACUCCUUUUUCACUAUAAAUCUUGACAUCAGCCAUCUCCUUGGCAAUCAUGAAUACAAGGUUAUUACACGUCCUAGUGCCAUCUAGCGCUCUGCGCAUGCGUCGGAAAUGUAAUGAUGCUUCAAAUCCUGAUUGUGCCAAGAGACUGAAAUGGCAAAAUGGAAUCGUAUGCCUUGUAUGGAUUACUUUCAUGCAGCAUUUAUGUGAUUUUUGGAGCUUCAAAAUUUUGGUCAACAUUCACUUGCAUUGUAUGAACCUAUAUUGAAAUAAUAGGUUGAAUGUAUUAUGAGCUGAAAUAUUAACAUUCUUCUAAAAACCUUCAUUUGUGCUCUGCAGAACAAAGUCCUACACAUCUGGGAUGGCAUAUGGGUGAGUGAAUGUUGAGCAAAUCUUCCUUUUUGGGUGAACUAUUCCUUUACUUCACUUAGUAUUAGAUUUUCUUUAAAACAUGCAAUGAGAAAUCCAAAAUUAAUCAGAUGUGCUUUCUUAAAAAGUGUCAUGUAAAAUAAUAUGCUAUUGAUUUUAAAUGUAAACUUAAGUGUGUA